AUGCCUUUCGUCCAACACGGUGACAAAGCUGGCGCUAACAUCGGCACAUACCAUGAUGUUGCUGGAAACCAGACCAACACCAAUCACACCGACAACUCUCGUCGAGUAAACUCUGACAACACUAACACCACUAACAACACCAACUCCGGAAACGAUUCAUCUGUCACCCAACAGGCUGGUGGGCGUAACUACGCCAGGCGUUGA